GGCGGGUCGGGUCUAUGGUGGCAUUUGCCUGCCGAUUGGCCAGCCACGUGAUGAGCAAUAGGUAACUCCGUACCAGCUCCUUGUUGAUGACGGACGACCUUCUGGAGCUUUGAUCGGUUUGAGCUGUGUUCCGCGUAACCUUUGUGGCUCCCUACAGACAAAACAACCUUUUACACCAACCCUCUGACGGAGCCCUCCAUCAUCGCCCAGGAUGAGCACGGCAUAUUCUCUCGGCGGCGCCACCGGCGCCCUGGCCAUUGUGGGAGCUUACAUGCUCUUUACUGGCAGCGGCGAGGCCUUCAACGUCGGCGCCUUUCUCGAGUCCGUGUCCCCAACAGGCUGGGCAAGCUUGGGCAUCUCGCUGUGUAUCGGCCUGUCGGUAGUUGGAGCAGCAUGGGGCAUCUUCAUCACCGGAUCUUCGAUUGUCGGCGGCGGUGUCCGCGCUCCCCGUAUCCGAACUAAGAACCUCAUCUCCAUCAUCUUCUGCGAGGUCGUCGCCAUCUAUGGUGUCAUCAUGUCGAUUGUCUUCUCGGCCAAACUGAAUGGCAUCCAGGGCGAGGAGCUGUAUGACGCCAAGACAUACUACACCGGCUUCGCUCUGUUCUGGUCGGGCUUGACAGUCGGUGUGUGCAAUCUGGUCUGUGGUGUUGCGGUGGGCAUUAACGGCAGCGGUGCCGCUCUGGCGGACGCCGCAGACCCUACACUCUUUGUUAAAAUCCUGGUCAUCGAGAUUUUCAGUUCGGUUCUGGGCCUCUUCGGUCUCAUCAUCGGCUUGCUUGUCUCCAGCAAGGCAACGGACUUCGGCGAGGUGUGAGGAGAGCAGGACACUGCAGCAGGGAGUUAUGUACCAAAACUCUUCGAGAUUACCUCGAACCGCAACGACGACGACUUGAACCACAUCAUCUUCAUCCACGGCGUUUGGGACCAGCAUGGAAGGGGUGGAGGCAUUGGAUUUAUUUAUCUAGAGCAAGCCUGUAUUAUUGAACGAGAACCACAUGUUAAACUAUCACUUUUCCUUUACCGGGACUCAAGGAUGACGUCCUCGCCCUUGCAAUCUGCCCUUGCCCUCUUCCCCCCUGACAUUACAAACUCUCGAGACGGAAGGCGAUGUCGCAUCGACUUAGCGCUGUAAUCAAGUCCCUAGAGCCCUGACAAUUUCCUAUGACGAGAACAGCUUUGAAGAAGAAAAUAUGUCUUUA